AUGGAAGCGUCACCGCUGACCCGUCAGGCCCCGCCCGAGGUCUUCAAGCCCAAGAUCGUACAGCUGUACGAGUCGUUGUUCAAGGUGUGUGUUCUCUUCGAUCCUUAUACCCACGAACCCCGAGCUUCCCCCAUUGCGCCUGGCCGAGCAUUCCCCCUUGACGAUCUUCAACUUCCGGACCGCAUGGCCGACGCCGAAGAUGACGCAGAACGUUCCGAGGGCUUCUGGCGCGAGUUCUUCCUCCUGCGGCCCGACCGCCCCGCCCUGAAGCGAAUUCUCGAUGGUCUCGGGCCGGCGGACAUGCUUGCGUUGGAGGAGCAUACAAGGGAGCUUUUCGCGCGCGCUGUCACUGCUAUGAAGAGUGGACAGGGUGUCGCAGAUCUGCAUGCGCUUGACACUCUAAGCGUGUUCCUCUGCUCGGCUCUUUCGAAAAAGUAUGCGCACCCUAGCUCGGAUAUUAUUAUCGUCUUGGCUGGGAUCGAUUAUGUCGAUACGAUCUUUACGGACUUUGUGGGCGCUGUGGACCAGAUCAUUAGGAGUGGGAAGAGCUUGGAAUUGCGACAAAAGGCUGUCGAGGUUGUCCUGGCUGUGACGGCGGGCGCAUACCAGACAAGCCUCUUAACAUACUUCAUCCAGAGGGACCUCUUCCCCUCAGUAAUGAAGUUUAUACAAGACACCGACACAACGGAGCGCAUCCUCAGCCCCUUUUCCCUCCUCGGCCUCUUGGCGAACUACAACAAAUUUGAGUUCCAGAACCCCUACCAGAUGCGACUAAACGACUUUGUCAACGAGGCGACAAUCAAGAAGAUCAUUCGGUGUAUCGGCCAGACGUGCGAGAGCUUGACUACACAAUUCGUGGAUGUGCAGGACGACUUGCCCGAGGGGUGGACGUUCAACGGCACGCUGCGUAUGAUUGGCCUCGGCGCGGUUGCGAGGGGCCCCAAGCCGGAAAAGAAGCCCGUCUACGAUGCCGAGACCAUGAAGCAGAUGUUUACGAAGCUACCCGGUGAGGAAGCAGCCGUGUUGCUAGCAACCUAUGACUUUACACACGCCAACAAGCUAUUCUGCUUCAACCUCGCCACCCUGCCUGCCGAAAAGGGCGAAGAACAGCCAUUGGCGGCCUUCACAUCACUCACCUCCUACCUACUCCAGCACGCCCAUCUCUCCGAACGCACGACACACUACUCGCAUCUCAACCUCAUGGUCUUCCGCCUACUAAUCGAGGAUCCCGUACUAUGCAAGCGGAUAUGCAGCGAAGAGUCCAAGGGACAAGUCCGUCUGUGUCGCCAGAGGCAACCGUUCCUCCCGCUGGUCAGAGGGGACCGGAUUCUGGCGACGGCCGUGCUGGAUACCAUGGUCGACGGCAUAACACACAACCUGCGGAGGAGGCUGGACGUCGGACUCUACACACUCUGCGUCGGAAUCCUGUUGCGGGUGAUUUCCUAUCUCUCGAGGUCACGGACACGACUGACAUAUCACUGGGCGGAUCUCUUCCGCGCGUUGCUGAACCUCAUUCGGUUCCUUACACAAUACGUCGCGGACCUGAAGGACCUUUCGCAAAUCGACCUCCUGCUAGACAACGUCGUCAACCUCGUGGCGCUCUCGCUGUCGGCUGGCGAAGGAUUCCUGCCGUCGCCAGCGGCAUACGAUGAUCUAUUCUACAAGGUCGUCGAGGCUGGCGACACGCUGACCAAGUUCAAGGAGAGCUAUCAACUCGGCAAGCGGCCGAGCAACUCGAUAGACACGCUCAUUAGCGUGAGCACGCACUACAAGGAGCUGCUGGCGGAGGGCGGCAAGAAGAAGGGGAACCUGACAAGCAUGCAGGUGACAGAGGUGAUUAAGCAAGGGUACGAGACGCUGAGUAUACAGGCGAAAGAGGGACUUGAUACGUGGGAUCGGUACCGGGAGGCGGAUGAGAGGACGUUGUUGAAGAAGAUGGCGAGGGCGGCUGUUGCUGAUGUGAGAGGGUUGGUGGAGCGGUGA